AUGCAUCCCCGCCGAGAGCGCGCCUGCGAUGAGUUGCUCGAAAAAAUGCAGUUGCCAUCGCCACCGCCAGAACCGGAAAAGACUCGACCACCUCGCAUACGCAGGAUGCGGGAGUUUAAACUUCCACCAAGAUUUCCGUUACUAACAACAGAAUUCUACGCUUCGUGGUGCAAUCAUCAGAAAGAGUUGCAAAUGGCAAAACACAAGGUGGACGAUCAUCCCCCUCGGCUGAUACCAGAGCUGUACCUCAAGCCGCGCCGCCUCAACUACUACGCGCGACAACUGGAGGAGAACAUGCAUGUCAACAAGGAGUUGCUCAAGCGGAUCAACCUCAUACAGAGGACUGGGGGAUAUGUGGAUUGUUGGAUGCACCCGGAUAUGUCGGACACAUACAACAAGUUGCUGUGCAAGCAGAGGCAGCGCGCGCUCGACGAGAUACGCAGGCAGAACCUUUACUUCUACUCCAGACUACUUAGAGCGAGAUCUGAACAGCCUCUUACAAAAGAACUAAAUGAGCUUUGGAAAGAUACAAAACACAAACUUAUUUUGGGCGCAUCACUGCCAUUCAUCUUGUUUAAGACUGAGAAAAUACAUCGCGACAUAAUAGAUCCAGCUUUUGAGGCACCGCCGAAUGUGCAACGCACCAAAGUGAUGAUGGAGAUCUGGGUAGUCGGCGGCUCCAAAAUAGGCAAGGUGAUCAUAGAACUCUUCAACGAUAUAGUACCAAGAACGUGUCAGUUUUUUCUUAAUUUGAUACGUGGUGAUGGCUCUGGACACGCCUACAUGGGCACUAGGCUUCACAGGAUCGUUCCGAACUUGUAUUGUCGCGGAGGUGAUGUCACCAAAGACAACGGUUUCGGCACUUAUGUACCGGAAGGAGAGGAGGGGCCGAUGAGUCCGGAGAACUUUAGACUCAACCAUUCUGUACCUGGAGUAUUAUCAAUGGUCGUGACUUCUGAUAGUGAGGUUUUCGGCCAGUUCAACAUUAUCUUUAAACCUUUACCUCAAUUUAAUGGAAAACAUGUGGUAUUUGGAAGAAUGAUAUCUGGUCCAGCUCAAACGCUUGAGCGUAUCAGCGCGCUGGGUCUACCCCUGGGCACCGCCACUGCCGACUGCAUCGUCCGGUACUGCGGCUACUUCACGCGCACCGGACAGUAUCGAGAAGGCAACCCCAACACUAUCAAGUUCCCGCCGCGACGCAAGCUCAAGAAGUAGAGGGAUUUCUUGCGAAAAGCCUGUUAAUUAAAUUAAUAAAAAAAUAAUAAACAUUUAAAAAAUAUAAGCCUGUAAAUUAUUACGUACGUUGUAUCAAAUUUGUUUUGGUAAGUAUUUCGUAACAAAAAUGCUUGCUUAAAAUAUACGUGACAGUAAGGGAGCCUUGUAGUGAUGUUCAGUGUUUUACGUUAAGAUGUGCUACUA